UGUGCUUUAUUAGGAUUUGGCACUCGGUGGCUCAGGUUUUCCAUGAAGCCUGAAGGACUAUAAAAACUCCAUAUAAAAACCCCCAUUUCCAAGCUUUCCACCCAGUCCUUACUCUCCACUGUGAGCUCGGAUCCUCGGAGCCAUGUCCUACUACAACUACCAGUACAAGCAGCAGUGCUUCAUCCCCGGCGGGGUGCAGAGCCCCACGCUCACCUUCCCCCAGCAGUGCCAGGGCUCUGGGUUGGUGGUGCCCUGCAGCCCCUGCUCACCCUGCGCCCCUGUGGCACCCAAGGUCUGCACCGUGAGGAAAGCCCUGGCCAACCCCUGCCGGCCCAGCUGCGUGGAGAUGCGCGUGGUGGAAGGGCACUCCUCCUCCUCCUCCUCCUCGUGCAGCAGCUCCCAGUGCCUGGAUUCCUGCUCCACCACCUUCCCGCGGCUCCUGGCGCAGGGCCGGGAGCUGGGCGUGCCCAACUGCGGGCAGGGCGUGCUCAGGUGUCCCCAGGUGUGCGCCCCGGGCCCCGCGUGCCCGGAGCGCUCCUGCCCCUACUCCUACCAGUGGUCCAACAGUUACCAGUACAACUGUGGGCAGUAGAACCUUGCUGGGCACCCAGGGCACGGCCGGGGCGUGAAGAGCAGGAGGACAUCCAGCACAGAGGGGCAGCUCCCGGGAACACCACACUUCUCCUGCUGAAACCACUCCUGAGCACCCUUGGGAACCUUCUGGAACCUUUGGGAACCUUCUGGAACCAUUGGGAACUUUCUGAAGCCUUUGGGAACUUUCCGGAACCUUCUGGAACCAUUGUGAAUAUUCUGGAGCCUUUGGGAAACUUCUGGAAGCUUUAGGAACCUUCUGGUUCUUUAAUGAACCUUCUGGCUCUUUUAGGAACCUUCUGGAACCAUUGGGAACCUUCUGGAAUCAUUAGGAACCUUCUGGAACCUUUGGGAACCUUCUGGUUUUUUAAGGAACCUUCUGGCUCUUUUAGGAACCUUCUGAAACCUUUGGGAACCUUCUGGUUCUUUUAGGAGCCUUCUGGCUCUUUUAGGAACCUUCUGGAACCUUUGGGAACCUUCUGGUUCUUUAAGGAACCUUCUGGCUCUUUUAGGAACUUUCUGGAACCUUUGGGAACCUUCUG